AUGGCUUCCGGAAAUGACUUUUUUUUUGUGACUGAAAACCUCUUGAUGGGAUUAACAAAACGACUAGACCUCCAAUUCCCCUUGUUCCUCCUGUUUCUAGUAAUAUACAUGAUUACUGUGUUGGGAAAUUUGGGUUUGAUAAGUCUAAUUGGGCUGAAUUCACAUCUUCAUACUCCCAUGUACGUUUUCCUCUGUAACUUGUCUUUCAUAUAUUUGUGUUAUUUAACUGUAUACACACCCAAUAUGCUGAUUAGUUUUGUGUUAGAGAAGAAUACUAUCUCUUACAUGGGAUGCAUGACCCAGCUUUUCUUUUUCUGUUUCUUUGUGAAAGCAGAAUAUGUGCUGACAUCAAUGGCCUAUGAUCACUAUGCGAUCAUCUGUAACCCACUCAUGUACAACGUUGCCAUGUCUCUUAAGGUGUGUUCCAGUCUGAUGCUUGGUUCAUACGUGAUAGCAUUUUUGAAAGCCAUGAUCCAUACAGGAAGCAUGCUGAAACUGACCUUCUGUGGUGCCAACAGGAUCAAUCAUUAUUUUUGUGACAUCCUCCCUCUGCUUGAGCUUUCCUGUACCAGCACCUAUGUCAAUGAACUGGUAGUUUUCAUUGUGGCGGGCGUGAACAUCAUCAUGCCCACUGUCACCAUCUUUGUGUCUUAUGGCUUCAUCCUCGCCAGCAUCCUCCACAUCAGCUCCACAGGGGGCAGGUCCAGAGUCUCCAGGACCUGCAGCUCCCACAUCAUGGCUGUUUCUCUCUUCUUUGGCUCAUCUGCCUUUAUGUCCCUCAAGCCCUCUUCCACUGGAUCUUUGAAUCAGGGAAAAAUCUCUCUCUUCAAUACCAAUGUGGUUCCCAUGAUGAACCCUUUAAUUUACAGUUUCAGAAACAAAGAUGUUAAACUUGCUAUGAGAAAAACCCUGAAUAGGAGAAAAUUUUGA